AUGCCUCCUAUGCGUUCUCUUCAACCACGCCCACGGCAGGACCCAGUCUCCUGCAAUCUAUGUCGAUCGAAGAAACUAAAAUGUGACCGGCAAUGGCCUUGCUCGAAUGGCCAGAGUCGCCACCUUGCUUGCGAGUCCCAAGGCGAAAGACCACUGCAUGUUGAGCAGGUUGGCGACGAUGAUGCUUUACGCUCCGAGAACAAGUCCAUGAAAGCUCGUCUUGCCCGACUGGAGCAAGCAGUAUUUGGCCAGCCAUCAUCGAAUGCACACGUUGCUCUGAAUCAUGCUUCCCAAUCCACCGCUGUAGCGACACCAGCUCGGCUGAAGACUGAUGAUGAGAAAGCUCACGAGGACACUGACUGGCUGGAGUUUAACCAACGCAACCGACUUGUGCUAACGUUUGGUCAGCUUCCACAAUUCACGGACCCAUACAUCUUGUCAAUCAAGACCAUAGAUCAGAUCGUGCUGGGCCAUCCUGAUGCUUCGACGUACCGAAAAAUCAAUCUGCCAACCCGCGAGGUCGCAAUGGAGUUACUCGACACGUAUGCUAAACACCUCGAUGCCGUCCAGCAUAUCAUGCAUAUUGAUAGCACUAUGCGUGCCUUUGAUCAAGCAUAUACCCAGCUUGAAGCAGGUCAAAAUGUCGAGCCUGGCGUGGUCAUGCUGAUACUGGCUGUAUGCACAAGCCUUGGCUUCUACUCGACAACUGGGUUUCGUCGGGGUACCGCUCUUGAUAUUCAAGGGAUGAUGGUCAACAUUAUGUUGAAUACCAGACGCUGCAAACUACAUCUGCCAUUCUUGAUUCGCGCCAAUUCAGAUCCACGUUUCGCUUUCUCCAGACGCAUGGGUUUACAAGCUGCACGAAAAGUCUUUGAUGUGCGCAGAGUGCAUGUCUUUUAUGCUACCGUGGUACUCGUGAUGGACUUGUGCGUCAACAAAGAUGACGACCAGGGACGACUUGUGGAGGUACGCGAAGCCCUGCAAGUCAUGCAAAACGCAUCUUCCUGCUCUCAGAUGGGCACCAAGUUCCUCGACUCGCUGAUGUCAAUCUUGCGGAAACACCAUGUGAAGCUCCCGACCGACUCUCAAACCAUCCAGCGCAUACACAACGUCGCUCUUGAUUCGGAUAGCAUGGAUUUCGAUGGAGGGAUGUUCCAAGACUUUCUCGAUCAGGGCCCAUAUCUGGACGUCCACGACUGGGAUGAUCUGCUGCGUGAUCUUGAUAUGCGCAUGGGUUGA